AUGGAGUCCCGAAAACGAUCGCUCUCAUCUCCGAAAUCAGAACUUCUCGAUAAAAAACGACAAAAGGAAAAAUCGAAAGGUAAAUUCUUUCAACUGAAACAAAUCACGAGUUAUUUUAGAAAACACCAGCGAUGGAGACAGUGACAAUUCGUUCGAAAACUUUUCCGUUUCCACUAUCAGAAGUUCCGCUAUAGACAUUAAAGAAAGUAAGUGAUAACAAGAAAAUGUUUAGUUCGUCAACUAUAUGCUGGCUUCAGAAGAUAGCCCAAGAUCGAGAAGUAAGCGGAUACUUGUGGAGGAGAGGGACGACGAUGACUCAUUCGACGCACCAUUAAGCGAUUCGAAGCCGAUUAUAAUCCUACCGAAAUUAUCGAAAAAAGGUUUGAUUGUUUAGAUGUUUAUCAAUAUACGAAAAACUUUCUCAGACAGUGGAGUUGCCGGAUUUCCGUGUUUGUUCGAUGAUGACAUUGUUGUCUAUUUGACAGUGGACACGUUGAGCAGGAGGGAUGGAUCACUCGAUCUGGAAUGCAAAGACAAGAACGGAAAGACCCGAAUGGUUUACUUGCAGGUUAGAAUUACAUUCCUUUGCCAGUGCCCAAGGUGAAAUUCAGGAUAGGUGGUCGGAGCUUCCAGUUGAAGAGGGGAACGCCAUCAACCUGAUUUCUGCAAAGGUUUGGGGAGAUGGCGACUUCAUAGUCGACGAAGAACAAGGAAUUGUCGUUCUGAAUCCGAACGCUCUCGUUCCGUGCACUUCAGUCGCUUCGGCAACUUUCUGCAGCAGAAAGACUAUCCUCAACGACAAGUUCAAAUUUGGAAACGCAUCGAACAAGGCGAUGCUUCUCGGAACAAUUAUGCACGAGAUAUUCCAGGUUGGUUUCGAUUUCCUUCUCUGGUCAAACCGCCCACAUAAUUUAGAAUGCAAUUACCAGCAAGAAACGCCCGAUUACCGAUUCAGAUCUGCUAAAAAUCUGGAAAACACAAGCCCCGAAGUACGCGGAAGAACUCGUCGCUCUUUCGUUCACUCCGAACUGCCUCAACUCAGAAUUGCAGCCGUAUUUUUCAGUUUGUCAAGUUUUGUAAGUGAGACUAAUGCUUCCGUUACAGAUUAUCUGUGCAUGGAUCAAUAAGCACUAUCCCAAUUCCAAGAGCUUCUUCGGAAAACGAGAACUGCUCCCGUCGAAAUCAGAACUUUUGGAAGUGCAUGACAUAGAAGAGAAUAUCUGGGAUCCGAGGCUCGGACUGAAAGGAAAAGUAGAUGUGACAAUGAGAACAAAGCAGAAACAGGGGAUGGAAUCACUGGAACUGAAGACCGGAAAGAGCUCGUUUUCCAGUGAGCACAUUGGGCAGGCGAGUGAGCAUUAGUUCGGCCAACAGACUAAUACGUCCGAUUCAGGUCCUUCUUUAUUGUAUGAUGCAUUCUUCUCGGUACGAGCAACCCAUCGGCCCUGGCAACAUUCUCUACCUCAAGGUAAUUCAUUUUCUAUUCUUCUCGCAUGCUUCUCUGCUUUCCAGGACGGCGCCGCCCGUUGUGUCACUCCUCGCGCCGCCGAAUUAUUCGGCAUUAUUCAGCAACGAAAUAAUCUUUCCGUCUUUUUUGAAAAUCCGACAUCGAAUACUCUUCCUGGUCUGUUCUUUUUCUCUCAGCUCAAUUUGAACUUGAUUUUUCAGCUCCUCGAGCGGACACCAGAUUUUGUGAAAAGUGCGACCAUAAAGUGAUGUGUUCAUUCUAUCAGAAAACAGAAGAAAAGUACGCACAAUCUAGUGGAGCGAUGAAAACAUUCGCGGAGGGAGAGAUAGCUCACUUACAGCAAAAGCACAUUGGUAUGACAGAAGAUCCUAUCAGACCGUUCGAAAUAUUUCAGAAUACACUUCGAAUUGGAUCCGAUGGAUAACGGCAGAAUGGCAGUGUGAAAGGGAGCGAACGGAGACGCAAAACAAAGAUUUGUGGCUGAAAAGCGUACAGGAACGAGUAGAGGGAGGAACCUGCCUGGCCGGACUCACUCCGAUAGGGGAAGAAGUGUCCAACUCGCAGAGAGUUCUCAUUUCUUUCCGUCGAGAGACUCCUUCUGUUAGCCCUUUCCAUGCAGGAGACGUUUGUCUGCUCUCCAAUCAGAAGCACAUCUCCAUCUCGUUUGUGAUUGUCGAUCAAGUUUCCGAUGACGUCGUUCGAGUUUCUGCUGAUAAAUCAGUCAAGGUGCGGUACGAAGCUCCAUUCCAUCUUGACAAGUACACGAGCAUGAGCACUCAUCCCACGACACUCGGGAACCUCGUUUGUUUCUUGCAGAAUGACGUGAUUGGGUAAAUAACAGGCAAUAGAAUGCCAGCAGUAUCUUCUGACUACAGACUGCGCCUCCGAAGUGUUCUUGUUGAUUUGCUGCCACCGCAGAUCGUAGUGGAGACUGGGGUGGAUCUGCCGGCAGCGGUCAGAAAAAUCAUUGUGAGAGCAAAACUGAACACGGAACAGAGGCUGGCAGUUGUUCACGCACUUGCCACUCAGGACUUCAUGAUGGUCGAGGGACUUCCGGGAUCUGGUAUCGUCUAAAUAUAAAGCCAUUUUCAAAAUGCAUUCCUUCAGGAAAAACCACGUUGAUUUCCGUACUGAUCCAAUGUCUCGUGGCAACAAACAAAAAGAUACUCCUUGCGGCGUUCACUCAUUCAGCAGUGGAUAAUAUUUUGGGAAAACUGAAAAAUGAUGUUUCCACAGAAAAGAUUCUUCGACUCGGGAACAGCUCUUCGAUAAAAGAAGAUAUUCAGAGAAUCACCCUGAAAGCUAAAGUGGAGAACGAAGCGACUGAAGAUUAUUAUGACGCUGUCAAACGGAUUAUGAAGACAACAGUAAUUCAGUUUUCUAUUCAUGUACUUAUCUCUUCCGUUCCAGCCAAUCGUCGCUUGUACAUGUCACCAUGUUCCCCGCGAGCUCCUCUUCUCCUACCGCCAUUUCGACGUCGUUAUCGUUGACGAGGCAUCGAUGGUCCUCGAGCCACUGCUGAUUCCCGUUCUCGCGACGAGCAAGAAGUUCGUGUUGGUUGGAGAUUGCAAGCAGCUCACUCCUCUCGUCGUAUCCAAGAAGGCCAAGUUCGAAGGAGCGGGUGUUUCGACGAUGGAAAAACUGCAGAAGGCCCAUCCGAAGGCCGUUCUCUCACUCACUUCGCAAUACCGAAUGAACAAAGAGCUGUCGGUGCUCUCUAGUAAACUGUUUUACGAGGAUCGACUCAUUUGCGGAAAUGAGGCAGUAGCCAGGAGCUGUCUGAGCAGAAUGGGCGAUUACGCGUUGAAUGAAGACAUGGAAGGUUCGCGAACGUCUGAAGGCAUUGAGUAUAAUUUUAGUUCAGAUCAUUUAAAGAAGUGUCUGUCUGGAGAAAUGGAGGACUCGUGCGUAUUUCUGGAUACACAAAGUGGUACGCGUCGUUCUAUGCAAUGUGAGGAUGGAGAAGGCGGCGGAGUGGUGAACGAAGGAGAAGCGAGAGUGGUGGUGGAGAUGUGCGCACAGUUCAUAGAGGUGAUCAUAUCUUGGAUCACAGAAUAAUAUGCGAUUGUUUCAGGGAGGGAUAAAGCCUCAUGAAAUCGGAGUGAUGUCUGCGUAUAGAAAACAAGCGGAACUGAUUCGGAAUCUUUUGAAGAACGACGCUCUUGAGGUACGGGAAGACUCUUCGACUCUAGUGAUACACACAGAAGUUCAGGUGAACACAGUCGAUUCGUAUCAGGGACGCGAGAAACGUGUCAUGAUCUGGUCGUUAACGUGGACCGAGAAUUCGACAAAAAAGAGCGAAUUGCUCAAAGACGAACGAAGAGUCAACGUGGCAUUGACUCGCGCCCGUCAGAAACUCGUCGUGAUCGGGUGCAAGAAGAGCGCCGAGACGAUAUCCGUUCUGUUCAGAUUCUCACAAAUACUCGCUAAUCACGUCACGCUUCCUAACUAA